AUGCAAACAAUUCUAUUACCAGGAGGAUUAGGAUAUAUAGGUUCCCAUGUAUUAAUAGAUUUAUAUAACUACAUCAAAGAAAAUAAAAAGCAUUACUAAAUAUGUGUUAUCGACAAUUUAUCUAAUUGUUCACCAAAGACAUAGAAUAGAAUUAUUGAAAUUCUUCAUAAAUAACAUCCUAAUGUCAAAAAAGAAGAGUUCUUUACAUUCCAUGAGGUUGACAUAUUAGAUUUUUCUAGCCUAGAAUUAAUAUUUUAAAAAUAUAAAAUAUCUCACAUAAUCCACUUUGCAGCAAAAAAGGCUGUUGGUGAAUCUGUGAAAAACCCAAUAAUGUAUUUCGAAAACAAUGUAUAAGGAACAUUAAAUUUGUUAAAACUUUUAGAUAAAUACAAAGUAAAAAAUUUUAUAUUUUCAUCCACUGCUGCUAUAUAUGGAUAAUCUGAUGAUUGUACUGAGGAUACUCCUCCAAAUCCUCAAAGUCCAUAUGCAUAAUCAAAGCUAGCAGUAGAAAUGUUAAUGUAAUCAAUGUCUGUUGCCUUACCAGGAGUAAAAAUGAUAGCUUUAAGAUAUUUUAAUCCUGCUGGAGCUCACGUUUCGGGAGAAAUAGGCGAUUCUCCAUCUAUUUAUCCUAGUAAUUUAUUUCCUUUUAUUGGGUAGGUAUUAAUUGGGAAAAGAGAAAGACUUUAUGUUUUUGGAAAUGAUUAUAAUACAGUAGAUGGAACUGGAGUAAGAGAUUAUAUCCAUGUGUAAGAUUUGUCUGAGGGACAUGUAGCAGCUCUAAAAUAUAUGGAUGAAAAAUAAGAAGAAAAAUAUGAAAUUAUUAAUCUUGGAACUGGAAGAGGAUUAAGUGUUCUUGAAGUUAUUAAACUUUAUGAAUAAGCUUGUGAAGUCAAAAUAGAUUAUUAGAUAACUUAAAGAAGAGAAGGUGAUGUAGCUAAAGUAGUAGCAAAAGUUAAUAAGGCAUUGAAUUUACUUGGAUGGAAAGCAAAAAAAACAGAUUUGGAUAUGUGUAAAGAUGCAUAUAAUUUUAUAAAAAAAAAUCCUGAAGGAAUAAAUUGA